AUGUUGACUAGAAGACGUGAAGAAAAUUCAGAUCAAGUCGCUGGGCUUAGUUCACCCAAACGGAUUCAUAUUAUUGACCAUCUAAAUCAUGUCAACGACCAAAUUGUGGAAGAAGAAGAACAAUUAUUAGACGAGGAAGAUCAAAAUCUUCCAUGUUUGGAUGAUGAUGAAUGCGAGCAUUUAAAACAAGAAGCUAAAGAGAAAGGAACUCAGAAGUUCAUUCAAGAAUACUUUCUUGAAAAACAUAUUCCACUUCAGAAGUUAUUUUACGCUUUUGAUUAUAAAUUGCCAAGGAGAAUUAACGACCUUCCAGAUAUGCAAUUACUUCCAGUUCUACAUAAAAUUGUUGCAAAAUUCUUACGGCAACGUCAAAAACUGUCAAAUAUUAAUACAUUAGAACAAGUUGUCGAAUUGCUACGAGAUUCAAAAAAUAUCAUGGUUUUGACAGGCGCAGGGGUUUCCGUGUCAUGUGGAAUACCAGACUUUCGUUCCGAGAACGGCAUCUAUUCUCGGCUAUCAGAAUUUGAUUUGGAUGACCCACAAGAUAUGUUUGAUAUCAAUUACUUUAGAGAUUGUCCUGAUGUUUUUUAUUCGUUCGCCAAGGAAAUAUAUCCCAGUAAUUUCACACCAUCUCCUUCACACUAUUUCAUUAAAUUAUUGGAAGAAAAAGGAAAACUUUUAAGAAAUUACACCCAAAAUAUUGAUACCCUGGAACAAGCUGCUGGAAUUAAGAACGUUCUACAAUGCCAUGGUUCUUUUGCAACUGCUAGUUGUAUAGUGUGUGAAUAUAAAGUCGAUGGUAGUGAAAUCAAAGAUGAUAUCCUUAAUCAACGAGUACCUCGUUGUCCCAAAUGUAAGAAGUUACGUAACGAAGAUGACGCAGAAGAAUGUUUGUCAAUCAUGAAACCUGAUAUUGUCUUCUUUGGUGAGAAAUUACCUCCUGAAUUUGACCAAUGCUUUCCCAAAGAUCGCGAAAAAGUUGAUCUGUUAAUUGUGAUGGGGAGUAGUCUAAAGGUGGCUCCAGUUAGCGAAAUAAUGGGGCAAAUUCCUCAUCGUGUUCCUCAGAUUGUAAUCAACAAAACUCCCAUAACACACAUGCAAUUUGACGUCCAGCUCCUUGGUGAUUGUGACGUUAUCAUACCUGAACUCUGUAGACUUUUAGGGUGGGAGUUGGUUCACAAAAAACUUAAACCGUCUUCAAAACCUGUACCUUAUCGAUUUGUGGAGCCUAACAUUUAUUUGUUUGAAGGGGCUGUGGUGAAAGGCGAAUUUGGUGAUAUUGGUGUGAAGUCAAAUGUUGAAGGUUUAAAUGAUCAAAAAAUAUUGAAUAUUGAUGAUAGUAGAGAAAUCGAUCACACUGACCUUAGACAGACUUUAGAAUUACCUUCAUCUUCUACUCUGUCCCAUAUAGAAUCAUAA